UUUGUUGCCAGUAUGUUGCUAGCAAGAGCAGAGAGUGGUUGUGUUUAGUGUGUUGGUCUUGUGUUUUGUUUUCAAUUCAAAGUAUCAAAUGAUAACUAAAUAUUUCAUUUCUAAAUACCUUUGGCGGCAAAAAGAAACGGUUUUGAUGGAAAUUGUGUUGCAGCUGGCACUAAACUAGUUUAAGAAUAUCGAAGAAAACUUGUGGUUUUUACCGGCAAAUCUCGGUGUUGCUAGAGAACAAGAGGUUGCGCGCAAAUAAUUAUUUACGUGUGUGUUUGAAUAUAAAAGUACAUACAUAUAUACACUUUUUGUAUUUGUUUGCUUUUAACAAAGACAAAAGGCAAUGUAAUAAAGAAAAAGGCAAAAAGCACACUGCCGUCGUCAUUUAAAAAAAAGCCGUUUUACAUACAUUGUAUGUAAAUAAAAUAAAUACGGCAGAUUCAAGUAAGAAGAAAUAUUCCCAAAAAAAUUGCAGCUUUUAUUAAAAUAAAAGGAAGUACGAAUUGCAAAUCAAUCAAAUAGAAGGUUGAAUUAAAGUAAAAGAAGAAUACCAUGUUUGAAUUGGAGGAGUAUGCAGGUGGAUUUCAUGAUGGAUUCCUUAAUAAAUACGCGGAUUCAUCUGGUCCUACAUUGGACUUUUACAUAUCAGAUUCGCUGCAGGAUAUGCUUGAUAUAGAUAUACGAAGUGAGGUUGCGAAUGUAGUGGGAAGUGUAAAUGACUAUGAGAGCUGCCUGGGAGAUCUACCAACAUCCCUUGAACAUGCCACAGAUUCAUUAUCUCUUUUAAAUAGCAAUUGCAGUAAUACUGGAAAAGAUUGCGGAAGUAUAGGUAGUAGUUGGAAUACAUCAUCCGCCUUUGGCUUAGGUUCAUCAAAUUCCUCCUCAUCGUGGUUUGGUGCAAGCAAUGAUUUUCUUGCAGAUGUUGGAGCAUGUGUUAAUCCGAUAUCUGUAAUGCCCUUAAUAUCAUCCUCCCUAAUACACAUGUCCCCAAAAACGAAUCUUAAUGCAAAUAUCCUGCGAAGCAAUUCUCCACCACCACCGUCACCCAAUGUAAAUGAUACCAAGUCUCAUUUGACUUUUUCGCCCGCUCAUAUUAAGAUCAGUGCGCAUUCUAUACGAAAUGAGCAAAUUACAUCUCACAUACCAAAGCAGAUAGUGGCCAUUUCAUCAGCGGUAACAUCGGCUACAACAGUUCCAGCAACUCUGGCUACAAAUUCCGCACUGCAGCGCAAACAUGCAGCCGUUGAUGCCAUUCGAAAAGAUUUGGGAGCAGACUUAAGAAAAGUUGUACCCAUAUCAUCGGCCAGUGAAAAUAUAUUAUUUAAAACGGCUACAGCAACGUCGACUAAUAGUCAAGGUAAUAUUAAUAGUACUACAUCAUCAAAAACAUCCAUCACAACAUUUCCGGGUAAUAGUUCAUCCGCCAAUCAAACCGCUAAUAAUAAUAACAGCAAUACUUUAAAUGGAGGAACUACAUCAUCAAGCACUAUAAAGCUAGGGCCUGGUAUUGGUGGAUUAACGUUUGCCAAUAACAUUACCUACAACAAGUUGAAGCAACAGUCAAAUUCGAAAUCGUCUGCAGCUUCUGCGUCCACAUCCGCUACAAUAACGUCAAACGGCACGAUAGUUCUUAAGCGUGAACGUGAAUCUAGUCCUAUGCAAACAAUAAGCAAUAAUGGUCAACAUGUAACCAAAAUUUUAUCACGGAAUUCGAUACAGUCAUCAUCUAGUUUUACACCCAAGUCAAUUGCAUCUUCAGCUCAUCACACCUCGUACGCACUUCAGCAGCAUCAUAUCGUCAAUGGAACUGCUUCCAUGACAAACAAUGUCAAUAAUACCAGCAACAAUACAAAUGGAAACGCCAGCUUGGUUAACAACUCUGGCAAUUCCGGUAAUUCAGUUACUGUGUUCAGUGCAAGUGGUUUGUCUUCCAUGAGCAACAGUUCAUCUUCCGGCAGCACAAAUUCAAAUAUAAUUGCAGUUAAACCACUUCAACAGAAAAUAAAAGCAACUGUAGUUGAAUCAGAAUUCCCAAAGCCAGCUUACUCGUACUCCUGCCUAAUUGCAAUGGCCCUUAAGAAUUCACGACGUGGGUCUUUGCCAGUUUCCGAAAUCUAUAGUUUUAUGUGCGAACAUUUUCCCUAUUUCAAAACAGCACCAAGUGGUUGGAAGAAUAGUGUUCGACACAAUCUUUCUCUCAACAAAUGCUUUGAAAAAAUCGAAAAGCCGCCAACAAAUGGCAAUCAGCGAAAAGGUUGUCUUUGGGCUAUGAAUCCAGAACGCAUUGCUAAAAUGGACGAAGAAGUGCAAAAGUGGUCACGCAAAGAUCCCAUGGCCAUAAGGAAUGCUAUGGUUUGUCCAGAUAACUUGGAGGCUCUGGAGCGAGGUGAAAUGAAGCACGGCAGUAGUGGUGAUUCCGACGUCGAAAUGGACAGUCAGUCGGAAAUAGAAGAGGCGUCCGAUAUGGAGGAACAGGAAUUGGAUGAAACUCUAGUCGACAAUUUGCUUGUAGAAGAGGAUGUAGAUGAAGAUAUUAUCCACGGCACUUCUUCACAUGUUGUGGACGACAACGAAGACAAUGAUAGUUGCGACAGAAAGAAUUUGCACACUACUAUAAGUUCACCUCUUACAAUAUCAACGAAGACAACAACGACGAGCAAUACCCCCGCCACUUGUAUUCCAACGAACAUCCAUCGGGAUUUCGAUAUUGAGGUAGAAGAUAUUUAUGAUGCCAUUGAUAUCGACGAUGAUAAGGAAGCCGUGAGAAUGGCUAUAAGUCAGUCUGACAUUAUAGAAUUGAGUCCGGCCGAUUAUAACAUUUCGAGCGAUAGUCAUCAAUCGCCGAAAAGAGCUCGACUAAAUGUUAAUUACUCUAUUGGGCCAGCUGGUGAAAUAGAAAAACAAUUUCAAAGUCACAACCAACAACAGCAACUGCAAAUUCAAAACAUUAAGAAAAUAGUCAAAGUUCAAAAUGUUCAUGAUCUGCAGCAAAUCCAACAACAAUUGCAGCAACAGCAUCAACAGAUUGUCGUACAAACUAUUACGACAAACAGUAAUUCAAGUCAACAAACACUUCAUCAACAGCAAGGAAACACACAUUUUACACACAUUGGUCGAAAAAUGCAAUUGGUGAACCGAAUUUCAUAAACUUAUUUUUCCAAAAUGCAAAGAUAGUUUUUGCUCCUGAAAAAUGUGUUGCGAUUCGUUGAAAACAAAGUUUUUGUUAACAAUCGCAAAUGCAUGUUUAUACAUUUCAUAGUGUUUAUGCAGAAUGAAAAAAAUUCCAUGUAUACAAUAAUUUGUUUUUUAAUACUUUAUUGCUCUACAAAAUACGCUUAAUUUUUUUUACUUUAAGUUUUUUCUUGUAAUUAAAAAAAUAGGAAUUCUUAUUUAUUCAUAUGUAUUUCUUAAAAUGUUUAUAUAUUUUAAGUACUAAUUAAACCAGUAUGUCACAAACAAACCAUCCGCAUCGCCACAACGUUGUACUAAUCAAAAAGCUCGUUAUCAUAAUAAUGGAUCCUGGUUUAGUUUUUAUUCAAAGGAGGGACCAAUCAAUGCAAAACUAUUACAACAUUUUCCUUUUCUGAAUUUUAAAGAGAAAACAUUUCUUCAAUCAUGCGGUAGUAGUGUUUACACUUUUGUUUUGCAAUAUCUAUCACAUUGUAUCCUUUACAUUUCAAAUCUAUUGUUAGUAUUUGCUUGUUUUGCAUUUCAGUUAACGAUUUACGUACAUAAAUGAAUUUAUUAAAAUAUAUGCAUUUGUACAACAUAAAGCGAUGUUGCGAUGGAAAUUCUAUAUAUUGAAAAAAUAUUUUUGUUUUUGGCCCUUUUAUUUUUAAUAUUGAAGAUAAUUAAUUUUAUUGCAUAAAUUUCGUUUUACAUUUUUUAUUACAAAUUUAAGAUUUUAGUUUUAUGUACAAAUAAUUAAUAUUAUUUUGGUUACAUUCACAAGUUUUAGCGAAAAUAGUAUCUUAAUAUUUAAUAAUUGUAAUUAAUAUAAUUAUUGAUAUUUUUUUGUUGAAAGGUAUAGUUUUAAUUUAAAUGCUACACAGAAAACAUGUUCCAAAAAUGUUGUUUAAUUUAAAAUAAUUAUUCAUUUUAAAUAAAUAUGUGUGUGUAGUUCUGCUCCAUUACUAGUCAGAUAUUUCAAUCAGAACACUAAAUGUAUAUUAGGGUUUAAGCAUCGAAACUACUGUGAAAACUUUAUAUCUGCCAAGUACUGGAACAAAGCUACAUAUACAUACAAUUUUAUAAACUUUGUAAAAUAUAAAAGUUUAAUACAACAAAACAUAUAAAAAAUCAUAAA